AUGCUGCAGAUGCAUGGCGGGCAGCAGCAACAGCAGCAACAGCAGCAAAAACAACAACAACAACAACAACAGCUCAACGAUGAUAGCUUCGAGGAGCGGGAUCGCGGACGAGGCAAGCUAGUGCUGCCGCUGUCAUUGCCAAAGAACCGAAGCACUGGAAAUCUCGCCCCCUCGGCCGACGCGACGGUCGACCGGAGUCGAAAUCGCAUGUCGUUUGGGGGCAUCUCGGCCUCUGCCGUGGAAUAUGAUGCACUGACAAGGCCUUCACAUAUCAACGACCAUGAACACGGUCCGGGAAUCACUGGACUGCGGCGCAUCCGUCAGCAGCACCCGCCCUCUCGAGCUCCAACGAUGCCCAACUCCAGUUCCUCAUCUCGAAGCCCGUCCGUCGUUGCACUGUCUCGCUCUACCUCUAUGAGUGCCAUGCUGGCCAACACCGCCGGUAUGCAGCACACUGCAGGACCGGCCUCGCCUAGUUUCUCUGAGGACUUGUCACGAUUUCCUUCCGAAUCAUUACACUCGUUUUCCUUUGCUCAUCAAUCAGAGGAAUUUAUACAUAACCGCCAGACUAUAUUGAAACGUUCCAUGGACUUAAUGAAAGAUCGAAUAGCCUGGCCCAUGAGCUCGACACAAGCGGGACUCGCCAGCGCCCACGCUCGUGUCACAGGCGAUGUUGAUACCCAAAACAUGCUGGAGCUGCUUGCACGGGCACAGCUUAUUGGAGCUGGGAACCUGCCGAGCCUGGAUCCUGCUGCAGUUCCAGCUGCACCACUGACUGGGCCGGCUGAUGUGACGGGUGAAAACUUUUUUGAAAAGCAGUUCACGCCACAGCUUUCUCGAACGAGCACCGCGGCAUCUGAUACUGCAUCUCCAAUCACCGCACAGGCACAGGGCUUGAAGUCGCCCCUCUUUCGAUUCCCAACGUCUGAUGGGGCUGGUAUAGAGAGUCUUCCUGCAGUCCCAGAGCUGGAACACGAAUCCUCGACUUUGAUUCGGGCCGACGGGCACAUGGGUGACGAAGAAUUGGACCCCAAGGCGAAGCCCGUCUGCAGGCCUGCGAGUCUGAAGCGCACCAUGACCGAUACCCUUGGCAUUGCCCUGCAAGAUAAGCUUCUAGAUACGAUGACACAGCCAUUCUUGGCAGGACAGAUGAUGGCUGAAGAGCCAAUUACCUCGUCAACAACAGCCUUCCCCGGGCCGCCUGCGAAAGCUUUCCCAAGUGCUAUUGGUCCCACUCCCCAUGGUCAUACAAACCGCUGGGUGCCUGCCGCUCAAGCCAUCUUUACCACCGAGGCCAAACCGCCGUGGACCAUUAUUGCAGCCAACGAUUUGGCCUGCCUCGUGUUUGGUGUUACCAAGGCAGAAGUGCGCAAAAUGGGCAUCUUGGAGGUGGUCCAAGAAGAACGACGGGCCUGGCUUGAACGAAAACUCGUGCGGACCAGCGAAGCUUCUGCGGAUGAUGCCAAAGAAGGGGCAGUGCGCGAGAGCCCUGCCGCUUCCGCCGCCUCAACGUUGCUCGGCGGACGCUCAGAUGGAAUCACGGCGCAGCUUCUGAACAAACCAAACUCGCGCUCGCAGCCAUCCAAAUACGGGCCAAGACGAGCACAGACUGUGCAUAGUGGCGACCCAACUUCGACGACGACUAGAGGCGCUGGACAGCAUCGCAGCAAUCUUUCACGAGGCGUUCUUCUGUGCGGCGACGUUGUUCCCAUACAGAAGAGGAACGGGGCGACUGGCUCUGCAAGCUUAUGGGUGAAGGAAAAAAAGGUUGGCUUGAUAUGGGUUUUGGAGGAGAUCCAUGAGGAUGUUGCAUACGUGACAAUAGACGAGGAGGGUUCCGUGAAGAGCAUGUCUGGGGCAUCCGCAACCAUCUGGGGAUCUCAGGCUACGGGAUCUGGCUUUGAUGUGGCAAGGCUGAUACCGCGAAUUCCCCGGCAAGGCAUUGAUCCCACAAUUGGUGAGAUUGACUUUGCUCAAAUUGCGAGGAGGAAGUUCUUCACUUGUCCCAACGCCCAUCAGAUUAACAUCCCCUGCAGUGUAGAGCAAGUACGAGGAAAACUCGAGCUGCGUGUGUCAACCUUCCCUCACAUGGCCGGCAUCAUUGUUGUUGACCCUGUUCAACUCAAGAUCCGGAGCUCCAAUUCUGUCUUUUGCGGUGCCUUAUUUGGCCAUGAGAAGCCUGAUGGACUGCCUAUUGACUCUCUUAUUCCCGAUUUUAACAAGAUUGUUGAUGUAUUAACGCAAGAGGACGAUCUACAAAUGCUGGAUGGAAUGGUUGUCCCUGAGGCCCGGUUUAGAAGGGCCUCAGCCUUUCUGGCCCUCAAGGAGCACCGUCCCGACGCCGCAGCACGAUUCCUCCAACCAGAUGGCCUGCCUGCCAGACAUCGUGACGGGUCUGACUUGAAAAUUGACGUUCAGAUGCGCGUUGUCGAGAGUGAAAAGCAGACCAACAUGGUCGGGGAGACGGACCAUGAAGGAAGCGAGGACGAUGCAAACAGUGCCGACGAUUCUUUUCCAAUCCCGCACAAAGAGAUGGUAUUUGCCUUGUGGAUCACAUAUUCACGGCACCUCCAUGCACAUGCUCGCCUGAGCGUUAGCUCACCUGCGACAUCAGGGACUACCACACCACUUCACCAACCAUCCCCAGGACAAACACCCCCGGUACAUACUCCUAUGGAAAUUGCUUCAGACGAUGAUGCGUCACCGAAGAAGGAAGAGGUCGGGGCAUCUACGCUAUCUAAGCAACUCAAGGACGUGGCUCUGAAUGCAGCAGCGAGGCUUAUAGGACAGCCGAAAUCAGCCGCAGUCAGUACUAGUGGAAGCUCGUCGCCGGCCAGGGCUGUCGAGCCUGCUCGAAAAACCAUCAUUGGCGACUAUACUAUCCUUGAGGAUAUGGGUCAAGGCGCCUACGGCCAGGUCAAGUUGGCUCGCCACAAGACGUCAGGCAAGAAAGUCGUUUUGAAGUAUGUCACGAAACGGCGCAUCUUGGUUGAUACGUGGACAAGAGACCGAAAACUGGGAACCGUGCCCUUGGAAAUCCAUGUGCUGGACUAUCUUCGAAAACCUGAAUUCAGGCACCCCAACAUUGUAGAAAUGGAGGGAUUUUUUGAAGACGAUAUCAAUUAUUAUAUCGAAAUGGCCCCUCACGGACUUCCUGGCAUGGAUUUGUUCGAUUACAUUGAACUUCGGGCGAACAUGCAAGAGCCAGAAUGUCGAAGCAUAUUCUUUCAGGUGGCCAAGGCAGUCCACUUCCUGCACGCAAAUGCGCUAGUUGUACAUCGUGAUAUCAAAGAUGAGAAUGUCAUUCUAGAUGGAGAGGGCAACAUCAAGCUGAUCGACUUUGGAAGCGCGGCAUACAUCAAGAGCGGGCCCUUUGACGUCUUUGUCGGCACUAUUGAUUAUGCGGCUCCGGAGGUUUUGGCAGGCAAACCUUAUGGCGGCAAAGAGCAAGACGUUUGGGCACUGGGUAUUCUCCUAUACACGAUAAUAUACAAGGAGAAUCCGUUCUACAGCAUCGAUGAGAUUAUGGACAGGGAUUUAAGAGUUCCAUUCACCAUGAGCGAGGAGAGUAUCGAUCUUGUUCGCCGCAUGCUCAACCGCGAUGUGAAAGAGCGCUACGACAUCCACCAGGUGAUAAACCACCCGUGGUGCAAGGCCGGUGCAUGA